AUGUAUCAGGUGGUGCAUUUGCAUGUUCGCAAGUAUGUGAAUGUGGCUCUUUUGAACCACACGGUGGUGGUGCUCUUUGAAGAUUCGUUGAAGUUCUACCUCUCGCUCUACGGGCACCGCUUGCCCGUCAUGGCACUGGACGUCUCCGACGAUUCGCAGAUGAUCGCGUCCGGCUCGGCCGACAAGAAUGUGAGGCCGACAGAUGAGCGCGCCACACGCCGCACCGGGCCGGCCUUGAGGCUAUGGAGUUGUCAGUUCGGAAACUGCUUAAAGUCGUUGAAGGCGCAUAGCGAGUCGGUGAUGCAGGUGCGCUUCUUGCCGGGCACUCACUACUUGGCGACGGCCGGACGCGAUCACAUGCUGAAGCUUUGGGAUUGCGACAGCUAUGAGCUCAUCACCUCAUUACAGGGCCACGCCUGUGAGAUCUUGGCCAUGGCCUUGUCCCAGGACGCCGCCUUCAUUGUGACGGCGGGGAACGACAAGCAGAUCCGCAUGUGGAAGCGCACUCAGGAGCAGCUCUUUCUGUCAGAGGAGCGCGCCAAGGAACUCGAAGAUCAAUUCGAGCAGGAAGUGGAACGCGAGGACCUGCCCGGUGCCGCCACGGCACCCCGACCCUCGCGGCGCACCGUGGAGAGCGUUCGGACGACGGAGCGCUUGAUGGAAGUCUUGGACGAGGCCAAGGAAGCGGAGGAACAGCUGGCGGCCGAAGGCAUCGACGAGGCGGCCAUCGAGGUAGGGCAAGGAGCGCGCCAUCCCUGUGCGCGGGCCAUUGCGUACAUCAACACGUUGAAUGCCAGCAACAUUUACGAAGUGCUGUUGGCUUUACCCUUCGCCCAUGCGCUGCAGCUGCUGAAGGUGAUCCUCCGCUUCUUGGAGGCGGUGGCCAGCCUUCCGGGCGGCGAGGGCGCUCAGGCGCGCGGCAAGGCGCGAGAAGACCGGAUGGACGUGGGAGACCGGAGACGGGUGGUGCGGGCGCUCUCGGCAGCGGCGACGCUGCAAACACCCUGUCAGGCUGCACUCAUUGCGGCAUACGUGCAUCACAGUUUGGCAGCAACCAGCAGCUGCCGACCCAUCUUGAUGAGACUCAAGAGCCAGAUGCAGCUCUUGCUGCAAGCGGAGAAGGAUCGCAUCGGCCUCACGAUGGCGGGCUUGUCCCACCUCCAGAGCUUGAUGAAACGCAGCGGGCUCCCCACCGAGCCCCAGGAGAUGCGGAAAGGUGUCUCAGAGAUGUUCAUCAACCUCCUCUUGCCGAUUUUGCCCACCAUCUCAGUUGAGACGCUGCCAAAGCUCGCUUGGCUAGCAGCUGCGAACUUGGUUUAUGUGUCCUUCGGACUCAUCAUCGGCUCCUUGAGCGUUUGGGUCACGCGCCCGGGCACGGCCAGCCUGCGGAAGAUCCUCACGGCCACGCCGGCGAUCGGCCAUGCGAACUCCAUCCCCUUCAUGUUAGUGGGCUUAAUUGUGAGCCAGGAUCCGGUGUUCGACAACGAUGUCAAUACAGCGCAGGGCUAUGUGGGCUUGUAUUUGAUCAUGCACAGCAUCACGCUUUGGGGCGUUGGCAUGAACGUGAUCAGCAAGGAAAAGGAAGACGAACCAGCUGUGGAUGAGAACCUGCCGGCCGCCGUUGAAGGCUCCUUCGAAGAAUUGAAUGAGCUGAAACAGGGGUACGCAUAG